UUACCAACACAAGCACCAUUAAUUCUCUAAAACGAAGAAAUUACAAAUAACACAGUUCUUGAUUUAUUUAGAAUCAUUUCCAUGUUUUUAAGGUACUUUCUUCGAUUUAUACUUUGUCAAGAUUUAACUUAAUUCAAAUACAAACAAAAUCUGUUUAAGUAGAUGGUUUACUGAUAUUCAGUCAAAGAGGAAAAUACUAUUUUAAUAUACACCUUGUAACCUCAAAUGUACUCUUUUUGACAGAAGAGAUUUUCAAUGUUAUUUAUCUUUAAAUGAUAAUUAUUAUACAUUACAAAAAUGAGUGAUUCUGAGGAUGAAAACUAUGUUUCCUUUGGAGUUCCUCUUGAUCCUUUAGAUGAAGAUAAUUUACCAAGGAAGAAACCUGUAACAAUUGAAGAACAAUGCGCGUAUGAUGCACAAGGUAGACGUAGAUUCCAUGGAGCAUUUACUGGAGGUUUCUCUGCUGGAUACUUUAAUACUGUUGGCACAAGAGAUGGCUGGAGGCCACAGCACUUCAAGUCUUCCAGAAGUAGCAAAGCAGGAGGCAUUACCCAAUGUCCAGAAGAUUUCAUGGACGAAGAGGAUACAGGGCAAUUUGGAAUUGCACCAAAGGGUAUUUGUGCUACCAGUGAUUAUACUGACCAUGGGCAGAGAGGUGUUAAAAGAGAGAGAAUAAAUCGUGAGAGCAGUGGUCCUAUUCCUGGUACUCCAGUACUAAAAGACCUUUUGAAACCUGUGAAAGAGACGGUUGGCAUUAUGUUGCUGAAGAAAAUGGGAUGGAGACCGGGUCAAGGUAUAGGAUCUAGAGUUACAAAAAAAGAAAAGGCUAAAAUAAAAAGAAGGAAUGCAAGAAUGAAAGUAUUGCAACAAGAUUCCAAGAAGGCAAAUUCAGAAAGUAGCUCUGAAGAUUCUGAAGAUGAUCAUGAAGAUGUUACAUUUGCUCCUGAUGAUUAUGAACCAUUUAGGUGCAAUCCAAAAGAUAAUUAUUUUGGCAUAGGAUACAGUGGUUUGGAUAGAAGAACCAUACUCUCUGGUCAUGUAAAUUUAUUUGAUACUCCAGCAUUCAGUGUUCAGGAUAAAAAUAAAAAGUUAUCAAUCCAUGGACAAGCAUUUGGAGUUGGUGCAUUUGAGGCCGACGACGAAGACAUAUACGAGAGGGAGGACAUGUCGCGUUACGAUUUUUCGCUCGGUCCUGAACGUAAAACGAAGACGAGAUGGUCUAGCGAUAACAGUUUGAAAAAUGAUAAUUGUUUAGAAGGUUUUGCAUUGGCAAGCGCUAAAUUGCAACACAAGAAGAUCUUUCCACCACCAGAGUUACCUAAGGAUUUCAUGCCGAUGCACACAGUUAGAAAAAGUAGAUUCUAUCCACCGACUGAUAACAUUCCUCGUGCAAUUGAGAACGGAAAACGUAAAGAACUUACAGCUGCGGAUAGGGCUAGGAUACUAGAGGAAACUCCUAGUUCUAAAAAAUUAUCAGAAUCAUACCCAAAUUCAGUCCCAUCGGUCGCCUCUAAUAUCAUUACUAAAGUGUUAAAUUUGCAUGGGAAGCAACGAACAGAGGAAAGGCAGAGAGAGGAAAAUCAGCGAGUUAAAGCAGCUACUUCAUGGAUGGAUAAAUUGAAUGCACAAAGUUUUGUUAAGGGAGGUAUCGUUGGUCUUGGUAAAGAUUCUGAGGGAAGUUUGAAGAAUCUAGAGGAGUUUAAAGAUUCCUUUUCAGCUUCUGAGGAACAAAGAGGUAUAAAUAACUUAACCGAAGAUAGUUCCAUAAACAAGAGCACGAUGAAACCAUUUUUAUCUGAUCCUGAUAAACAAAGACGUUUCGAGCAAUAUUUAGUUUUCUCAGAUAAAGGUGAAAAGGAUAAACUCGAAAGUAUACAGUCAUUAUCGAUGACAGAAUGGGAUAGGGAACACGAACGGGUUGAAUUUGAGCAAGCAGCUAAAUUAUUUGUAAAAUCAACAAACGAAUAUGUCACCAGUAAAUUUACACAUGCUUCUGAGUCUGUGAGUUCGGAUGCUUCUUCAGCAAAAAAUGAACAAGAUAAUGAGUUGAAACAAGCUGUAAAGAUGAAAAUGUUUGGUAAAUUAACUAGAGAGCGCAUAGAAUGGAAACCUGCGAGUAUCGUUUGCAAAAGAUUUAAUAUUCCUGAGCCACAGGGUGGCUGUGCUCCACCAGAGAUGCAAAAGAAAACAGCGAAAUUUUCAAUCUUUGAUUCCAUAGAUUGGAGUAAUAAUUCUACGAGAUUUUUAAGAGCUACUGACACCGUGUCAAAAGAAACUCUUGAAAGCACUACUCCAUCAAAAGAAGAUAGCGUUAUUAAUAACACAAAUGUAGAUAUAAAAUCCAAUAAAGAUAUUCCUGUUAAUAGUCAACAAGCAAUGGAGCCUGUAACUGAAAAAAUGAGAAAUUUUGAAGCUUCUUACGAGAAAGUUUUUGGCAAAGAAGUCCAAGAAACAUUUCCUAGAGCUAUUGAAGUGAAAGAAAAUUUAGACAACAAGUUUGAUUCAACUACAGCUUCAGAGAUUUCAGACGAACAAGCCAAAGAUGUAGAGAAUGAUAGUAUAACGAAAAGUAAAUCGGAAGAGAAGAAAGAUCUUUUCAAAGCAAUUUUCUUAAGCAGCAGUGAAGAAUCUGAUUCAGAGCCAGAAGAAAGCGUGGAUAGCGAGGCGGUGAAGUCGGUCCUAAUCGGUAAAGUUCCAAGCGAGGUGAAUGUUAACAGAAACACCUCCCCACCUAGGGGAAUUUUCGCCAAGGUGGAUCUUGAUAGUUUAGUUGCUGAUCCUAGAUCCAGUACGCAAUCAAGUGAAACAAAGAAAGAGGUGGAUGUAAUCACGGUAUCUGACACUGAUUCAGGAAGCAAACAGAUUAGCGAUACUGGUUCAAAUCCUCCAGAGGUUCAGUUGUUGCCUGAUAUGUACGGGCCUGCGCUUCCUUCAAGACUACUUAAAAAUGAAGCUCCUCUUGAACCAGAGGCGUCUAGUUCACAAACUUUUAAACCUGUGUUCAGAAGUGUUGUUGUACCAAAACCCAAAACAGAUUCUAAGGUAACCGGUGUGUGGGUGGAGCGAACAAAAGUGAAGAAGUCGAAGAAGGAGAAGAAGAAACAUAAACACAAAGAGCAGAAGAGCUCGAAACACAAACGGAAAUCGAAGAAGGAAAAACGUGGUCCGUGAUGGGG